GCUGGGUGUCAGUAAAAGCCACACUUGGGUAAAAUCCCAUCAACAGCACUCUGUGCUCGACAAGCUGAGAUGAAAUGAGCUCCUCCCGGCCUGGUCUUUCUGCGCUCUGCAGAGGUUUGAUCCCCCUCUCCGGCAGAACACUGACGACUGAAGCGGCUCCACUGAAGACCAUCGAUGACUUGCCAGGACCCACUUUCUCCACCACCCUCUUCUGGUUAUUUGCCAAAGGGUACAAGGACAAGAGCCACUUGCUGCAGGGUGUACAGAAGAAUCUGUACGGGCCUAUCUGGCGCUCUAGGUUCGGUCCGUUCGACUUGGUUAAUGUGGCAAGUCCCGAGCUCAUAGCCCAGGUGAUCCGGCAAGAAGGACGCUACCCGGUCCGAGCAGAGCUGCCGCACUGGAAAGAAUACAGAGACCUGCGGGGACAAGCCUAUGGCCUGCAUGUAGACAAAGGACAGGAGUGGUACCGAAUGCGGAGUGCUCUGAACCCCAAGUUGCUGAGGCUGCAGGAGGUGUCGGCCUACGCUCCAAUCAUCCAGCAGGUGGUUGACGACUUCCUGCAACGCAUCGAGUUCCUCCGCAUUCGCAGUCCAGACCAGACUUCUGUUUCCAACGUGGCUGCUGAGCUCCACAAGUUUGGCUUCGAAGCUAUCUCCUCCAUCCUGUUCGAGACCAGGCUGGGCUGCCUGCAGGAAGACAUACCCGAGGACACGGUGCGCUUCAUCGCUGCAGUUAAUGACAUGCUGACCCUGUCUGAGACGGUGGUAGUCUUUCCACGUUGGAUGCGCUGGCUCUUCCCGUUCUGGAGGCGCUUUGUGCAGGCCUGGGACCACCUCUACGACACAGCACAGACUCUGAUAGACCAAAGACUUGCUGACAUUCACACUCGGAUGGAGCGAGGUGAGCUGAUAGAUGGCUUAUACCUGACUUACCUGUUGUCCUGUGACAAGCUGACCCAAUCCGAGAUCUACAUCUGUGUGACAGAGCUGCUGCUGGGCGGCGUGGACACGACCUCCAACACACUCUCCUGGGCCUUGUACCACUUGGCGAGGGACCAGCGGGUUCAGGAUGGAUUGUACAGUGAGGUGAAUGCCGUGUGUGCCAACAGGCGGAAGCCAGAUACAGAUGACCUGAGAGCAAUGCCCUAUCUGAAGGCUGUCAUCAAGGAGACCUUGCGCUUAUAUCCUGUGGUUCCUGGAAAUGGACGAUUCACUACAGAGAGCGAAGUGAUUGUGGACAACUACCGGUUCCCGAAGGAGACUCAGUUUCAUCUGUGCCACUAUGUUGUCAGCCACGACCGCACACAGUUCACCCAGGCUGAUGACUUCCUGCCGGAGAGGUGGCUUCGCACUCACGCCUUCCAGCACCACCCAUACAGCUUCAUCCCCUUUGGUGUGGGGGUGCGAGGCUGUGUAGGGAGGAGGGUGGCAGAAAUGGAGAUGUACUUCGCCUUGUCCAGGCUGGUGCAGCAAUAUGAGGUCCGGCCAGGAGAGGACAGCGCCCCCAUUGAGGCCAAAACACGAACGCUGCUCAUCCCAGCAAGACCCAUCAGCCUCCGCUUCCUGCCCAGAACCUGAGGCCACACCUGUGAGGUCUUGUACAGUCCGACUCACCUAAUAACUUUUCUCUGCACUUUCUGGUCAGGUCAGCAAGAAUAAUUAUAUCACAAGCAUAGAUUAAAGACAUUGCACUUUCAUGGUGUGUAUUUCAUCUUUCUGCAAGCACUAUGAUGGAGGCACGCGCUACGCAAUCUGCUUUGGGAGGAUUUGCGCAAUCAUCGCACAUUGUGGUUUCUGCUUUGUAUUUAAUCAGGAAAUGUGCAAAUGACUAAAUGGUUGUAAUCAUAUACAUUUAUAACACACCGCUGUGUACAAACUUUAAUAUUCAUUUUGUUAUUCUUAGCUUUUUUUGCCUCCCUUGACCACAUGGUCAACAGUUUUUACAAAAAGACGGUCAGGCUUGUCCUUGACAGUUUGGUUUUUCCUCUGUGUAUGUCUUUGUUUCCUGUCAGCGCUUUUAUUUUGGUAAUUUCCUGCUUUUCUCCCGGAGCGCUGUUUCCUCUCAGCUGCGACUAAUUGGCACCUGGCCACACCUGGUGUCAAUCAGCCCUCUCUUAUUUAAACCUGCUUUGUCAGGUCAGUGCUGGAUUAUUCCGUCAAGUGCUGUUGGUGACGAACCCCAAGAUGUAGAGAAGGUGGCAGGCAUUGAGUAAGAAAACAUCAUUUAAUUUAAACACUAAAACAAGAACAAAAAAAAGGGUACUAACAAAAGGCGCUCACAAGGCGGAGAACAAACUUGGCCAUGAACAAAAACACUUACUGUGAUACGAAGGGACUAUGGCAUGAGCAGAGUGAACAGAAGUAGACACAGCUACAACGAUAAGUAUUAAUGACAUUGACAGGUAGUGGUGACAUCGACACCACAAUAUUCCAGCACUGACUGGAGGACAAAGCAGGUUUAAAUAAGAGCGGGCUGAUUGACACCAGGUGUGGCCAGGUGCCAGGCAAAGCUGAGGGGAAACAGUGCUCAGGGAGAAAAGCAGGAAAUGACCAAAAUAAAAGCGCUGACAGGAAACAAAGACAUACAAAGAGGAAAAACUAAAACAAAACAAACUGUCAGGGACAAUCCUGACAAAGACAACUACAAUAUACAAAACCCAAAAGCAGUGAAGUUGUCACAUUGUGUAAAUGGUAAAUAAAAACAGAAUACAAAGAUUUGCAAAUCAUUUUCAACCUAGUGGUUAGAGUGUAUGCCUUGAGAUCGGUAGGUUGUAAGUUCAAACCCCAUCCAAGUCAUACAUAAGACUAUAAAAAUGGGAGCCAUUAAAGCCCUGCUUGGCACUCAGCAUCAAGGGUGUCACGCCUGUAUGAUUAGGUUUUGUUUUUUGCCAUGUUUGGUCAUGUUUAGUUUUUUGGACAUUUAGUUCUGUCUUGGCACUUCCUGGUUUGUUUUCGUCUCCAUGCCAACUUACUAGUUUUCACCUAUCAUGUCACGUCCCUGUCCUCAGCCUCACACCUGUUUUCACUAAUAAUCACAGCUACUAUUUAAGUCAUUCCUUUUCUGUCUUCGUUCUGGCAUCUUCACACACCUUCCCAUGCUGCACCUCCUUCACGCCCUCGAUUAUCUGCUUCAUGCCUUGCUAUGCUGUUCAUUUUGUCCACGUAAGUUUUGGUUUAAAGUUCAUAGUCAGUUGCUUUUGUGCUAAGUCUUUUUGUUUAUGUCCAUUAUUUCAUGCCAUCGAGCAAGUGUUUUUGUUUCAUCUUUGUAUCUUGUAGCCAAGUUUUGUACCUCCACUGUGAGCGCUUUUUGUUUAUCUUUUGUUAGUGAGAGUAUUAAAUAAAAGAUGUACUCACACUCA